CCAUUCCCGCGGCUUGGACGCCAUUCCGUCUGUCAUUUACAUAUUGAAAAAAUUAAUUGAAAAGCUUCUCGUGUUUAGUCUCUCUGCAUCGAUUCUUAGUGUUCAGACAACCGAAGCAUGUACUCUUCCAUUCCAUAAUUCCCAUUCCAAUAUAAGAUUUGAGUUUCUCUCCAGGGUUUGUUUAUAAUUUUAAUGGCUUCUGCCGGAGUUACCUCGUAUCGAGAUCGGUCGUCGGAAUUCCGGUUAUUGUCCGAAAGAUUGAAGAAGAUCGAAGGACCGGCAGCUGUGAACGGAACGGGGAAUGACCUGGAGACGUCAAAUGCAUCGCGGGCAAGCUCUUCUCGAUCCGAAUUCAAAAAGAAUGCAUCGAGGAUUGGUCUGGGGAUCCAUGAGACAUCUCUCAAGAUCUCGAGACUUGCUAAAUUGGCCAAAAAGUCAUCUAUGUUCGAUGAUCCUGUUGUGGAAAUACAGGAACUUACUGCUUUGAUAAAAGAUGAUAUUACAGCACUCAACAUAGCAGUUUCAGAUUUACAAACUCUUCAGAACUUGGAAAUAGCUGAUGGGAACUAUUCCAAGGAUCGAGUUAUCCAUGGAACUACUGUUUGCGAUGACCUUAAGAACAAGCUUAUGGCAACUACAAAACAGUUUCAGGAUGUAUUAACUGCAAGAACAGAGAAUGUCAAGGCUCAUGAAAACAGGAAACAGAUCUUCUCUACCAAUGCAUCUAGAGAAAACCCUUUUCUGCAAAAAAGUCAUACACAGACUGUGACCGAACCACCUCCGUGGUCUAAUAAAUCUAAUCCAUCUUCUGUCUUGCCACCAUCAGUAGUGCCAUCUACUGGACUUCAAAAUGGAAACCAGCUGCGGCGAAGGUUGGCUACAGACACUUCUCCAACCCAGCAUAUGGAUGUGUCCAUGUUACAAGAAGUUAUUCCUCGGCGAGAGAACUAUACACAGAGCCGUGCACUUGCUUUGCAAAAUGUGGAGUCAACAAUUUCUGAGCUGGGUGGGAUUUUUACACAUUUGGCUACAAUGGUAGCACACCAGGGAGAACUGGCAAUAAGGAUUGAUGAUAACAUGGAAGAGUCAUUGGUGAAUGUAGAAGGUGCUCACAGUGCCCUUCUGAAGCAUUUGAAUCGGAUAUCUUCAAACAGGUCGCUUUUAAUUAAGAUUUUCGCUGUUCUGAUAUUUUUCUUGAUCGUAUUCAUCUUCUUCAUGGCAUAAUAUAUAUUGUUCAAGAAAUGUGUAGUCACUGUGCACCUCGACUUCCUGGGUUCCUUUUUGUUCAUGCAUUAAGCUGGUCAGGAGCCACAUUGUCAGCUAUUAGAGAGGCCACUUAAUGGAGAAGAGAUGACUGUGUUCUGCAAGCUACUCUGUCACUAUUGUUACAUACAUUAUACUGCAUCCCUUAAAGGAGGUUUGUUAGUUACCCCUGUUCUACAAGUCC